CAGGGGGACUCGGAGGCAGCGGCGAGAGGGGGGAGGGAGCUCACUGCUAUUGAAACAAUGCCAUCCUUCUUCUUACUUAGCGUCCCCUGCAUCCUGGUGGCUUGGAUGCUCCUGGCAAGCAGCAGCAGCAGCCCGGACGAGGAGAAGCUGAUCAGGGUCCUGGUGCUGCUGCCCAAGGACAACUCCUACCUGUUCUCCCUGGCCAGGGUCAAGCCAGCCAUCGAGUACGCCGUGCGGAGCCAGCAGGAGAACGGGACCUGCCUGCCGGGCUACCGCUUCGAGGUCAUCUACGAGGACUCCGAGUGCGGCAACCGGGCGCUCUUCAGCCUGGUGGACCUGGUGGCCCUGAAGCAGCAGAAACCGGACCUGCUGCUGGGGCCCGUCUGCGAGUACGCGGCUGCCCCGGUGGCCCGGCUGGCCUCCCACUGGAACCUGCCCAUGAUCUCGGCUGGGGCGCUGGCCACCGGCUUCAGCACCAAGACGGGCGAGUACUCGCACCUGACCCGGGUCUCGCCCGCCUACUCCAAGAUGGGCGAGAUGUUCCUGGCCCUGUUCCGGCACCACAAGUGGAGCCGGGCCACCCUGCUCUACAGCGACAACAACCAGGAGCGCAACUGCUACUUCACCAUGGAGGGGGUGCAUGUGGUCUUCCAGGAGGAGGCGUUCCCCAUGGCCGUGCACAGCUUCGACGAGAGCGGCCGCUACUUGGACCUGGACGAGAUCGUGCGCUCCAUCCAGGCCGGGGAGCGAGUUGUAAUAAUGUGUGCCAGCGGUGACACAAUAAGGAACAUCAUGCUAGCUGCUCAUCGACAAGGAAUGACCAAUGGGGACUACGCUUUCUUCAAUAUUGAACUCUUCAACAGCUCGUCAUAUGGAAAUGGCUCGUGGAAGAGAGGAGACAAACACGACCUUGAAGCAAAGCAAGCCUACUCAUCCCUCCAAACAGUCACUCUACUGAGGACAGUGAAACCUGAGUUUGAGAGGUUUUCCAUGGAAGUGAAAAGUUCUGUUCAGAAACAAGGUCUGAAUGAGGAUGAUUACAUUAACAUGUUUGUGGAAGGAUUCCAUGAUGCCAUUCUCCUCUAUGCUCUGGCUUUGCGUGAAGUCCUAAAAUAUGGCUUUAGCAAGAAGGAUGGGGAUAAAAUUGUUCAUCAGACACGGAACAGGACAUAUGAAGGCAUUGCAGGGCAGGUAUCCAUCGAUGCCAAUGGAGACCGAUAUGGGGAUUUCUCAGUGAUUGCAAUGACCAACCCAGAAGCAGGCACACAGGAGGUGAUUGGGGACUACUAUGGAAAGCAAGGGCGUUUUGAAAUUCGAUCAAACGUGAAGUAUCCUUGGGGUCCUGGCAAGCUGAGAAUAGAUGAAAACAGAGUUUUAGAGCACACGAACAAUACGCCUUGUAAAUCAUCAGGUGGCCUAGGAGAGUCGGCAGUUACAGGGAUCGUUGUGGGCGCCUUACUUGGAGCAGGAUUACUAAUGGCUUUCUACUUUUUCAGAAAGAAAUACAGAAUAACUAUUGAGAGACGAAGUCAACAGGAAGAGUGUAAUGUGGGCAAGCAUCGGCAGUUACGUGAAGACUCCAUUAGAUCUCAUUUUUCUGCUGCGUAAAGAAGAAAAAAAAUCCCAUUCUUCCUGAAAAAAACUUUAGGGAAAUGGACAAAACCAAAGACAUCAGUGUAAAAGAAGAGGCUCUUGAAGAACUCAUUCUUUAAGCAGUAGAGUCAUUUUGUCUUAAUUUCUUUCAGAAACUCAGGAAUGAUUUACUAAUCACAUUAUGCCACAUGGCCUUUCAUCUCGUGGGGAAAAAAAAAGAUAGUUUCACAUUGUAGGACGUUCUUAGUGUUUUGAGAGGGUAUUUUCUAAGACAUUUAUUGAGGGCAGCAGUUUUGUGCUUAGGGCUGGGAAUGCUUCUUCCUGACCCCUUCUUUUUAACUCCUAGUGCUUCCUUUCUUAGCUGCAUCACAAGCAAGGAUAUCAAAAUGUGGUUUCAAUGCUGCUUUGCCAUUAAAAUAAAAAUGUCUUCAUUAUGGGCUUCCUGCAUUAUUGAAACCAAUGGGCCACUUUGCCAUGGACCUCAGUGGGUGCAGGAUUAGACUGAGAAUUUAAUCUCAGGAGUUGGCACUUGGGAUGUAAAUAACUAUCGAGAAAGUAAAGAGGGUGGAAGCACUCAAGUCAUUUUUUCAUUGCACGUACAGUAUCAAAAUGAAGACAGGGUAUACAGAGACUGCAUCUCUUCUCACUUAUACUAGUGUAAGUCAAGAGUAGCUCCAUUGCAGUCAGUGGAGUUUCACUGGUAUGAGACAUAAGCAAGGGGAGAAGCAGAACCCUAGAGUGGAUUUGCUUUUUCUUCAGCCUGACAUAUGGUUUUAUAUUAUAAAAAAACAUCCCAGAAGAGUUAUCAUCCUUCUCUCUCUCCAUCAUCACCACCUCUUAGCAGGGCCGG